AUCCCCCCCGAGCCCCAAUCUCUCUCACCGUACCCCUUUGGGUUUCACACGGACCGAGCUGGGAGCCAGGGACGCCCCGGUUUGGAAUCCACGUUUCAGCACUUCGGACAGCGCCCGGGCUCCGGGGCCCCUUUGGGUUGGCUAUGGCGAGUGUUCAGCAAGGCGAAAAGCAGCUUUUUGAGAAGUUCUGGCGAGGAACCUUCAAAGCUGUGGCCACCCCGCGUCCCGAGAGCAUCAUUGUCGCCAGUAUUACAGCCCGCAAGCCGCUGCCAAGGGCAGAGCCCCAGAGCAGCCCUGUGGUCCCAGCUCAAGAUGGCCCCUCGGAAAAGCUGGGUCAGCGUCUGGCCACUGAGGCCUUGGGCACCAACAGCUGGGAGAGAGACAAGGCCUGCCGGAAACCAAGUCCUGCCAAUGCACGCAGUGCCUCCCGUGACAAAGACCUAAUGCCAGCGCCUUACUCCAGGGGUAAGAAGAAAAAGAAGAAAUCCACCCGGAAGAAGAGAAGAAGGUCCCCGUCACAUAGUCCUUCGCCUGUCAAGAAGAAGAAGAAGAAAAGUUCCAAGAAGCAUAAGCGACACAGGUUCCUCUCCAAGAAGAGAAGACACAGCUCCACUAGCCCCAAAAGCAAGAGAAAGGAAGAGAGGAAGCACAAAAAACAAUCUCGAAGCCGGCCCCGAAAGUCUCACCGCCGUCACCGCCGUCGCUCGCGGUCCCUGAGCUCCGAGUCCCGGUCAUCAAGCUGUGAGGGCAGGCACCGCGGCCGGUCCCCUGAGGAAGGACGCAAGUCCCACAGGAGGCAUUCCCGCCGCUGCUCCAAGACCCUCAGCAACGCCAGUCCUGAAGCCCGGUCCAGCCAGCCGCCCAGCCAGCCCCUCCAGAUGCUCAGUCUCCUGUCGGCCAGGGGUGUAAUCACUGGGUCGGGGUCUGCUGCUGACCUGUUUACCAAAACAGCCAGCCCGCUCCCCACCUCCCGAGGACGUUCCCAGGAGUACGACUCCGGCCACGACACAUCCUCGCCACCCUCCACGCAGACCAGCUCGGCCAGGUUGUCUCGGGGUCAGGAGAAGGGGAGCCCCAGUGGGGGUCUGAACAAGAGCCGGGAGCUCAACAGUGGUAACACCUCCGAUUCAGGGAACUCCUUCACCACCUCCUCCCCCCAGAACAAGGGGGCAACCUUGGAGAAUCUCUCCCCCACCACCAGGGGCAGAGAGUCAAGACGGUUCCAGUCACCAUGCCUGGAAUGCUCCGAGGUGAAGAAGUCCAGUCGGGUCCCAUCCACGGCUCGGAGCUCCCCGACACAAGUGUGCUCCCGCAGCUCUUCCUAUGCCAGCACCCGCUCUUCUAGCCACUCUUCCCGCUCCCCAAACCCUAGGGCCUCCCCCAGGUACACCCGGAGCCAGUCCAUUUCCUCUGGGAAAAGGUCCUACUCACGUUCUCCCAGCUAUUCCUCCAAGUCGGGCAAGCCGAGUCCACCCAGCAGAAACUCUCGAUCCCGCCGAAGCCCCAGCUACUCCCGCUACAGCCCCAGCAGGGAGCGCGACCCCAAAUACAGUGAGAAAGACUCGCAGCAGCGAGAGCGAGCACGGCGGAGACGUCGGUCCUACUCGCCCAUGAGAAAGCGCCGGAGAGAUUCCCCGAGCCACCUGGAGGCGCGGAGAAUAACGAGUGCCCGGAAACGCCCCAUACCCUACUACCGGCCCAGCCCCUCUUCGUCCAGCAGCCUCAGCAGCGCCCCCUCCUGGUACAGCAGCAGCAGUAGCCGCUCCACCAGCCGCAGCUACUCCCGGAGCCGGAGCCGGAGCCGGAGCCGGAGUCGGAGUCGGAGCCGGAGCCGGAGUCGGAGUCGGAGCCGGAGCCGGAGUCGGAGUCGGAGCCGGACCCGCAGUAGCAGCAGCUCUAGCUCCAGGAGCCGGAGCCAGAGUCGGAGCCUUAGCCGGAGCCGGAGCCGGAGCCGGAGCUACAGCUCAGCAGACAGCUACUCCAGCACGAGGCGCUAA